AUGCUGCUGGGCGAGAAGGGAUCGUUUUUGCUGUUUGUUCUCUUGCUGGCUGAGGAAGCCUACGGGCGCUACAAGACAGCCAAGGGCGAGCUAAAUGCUGCUCGUGCUGCAGUAGAGCCGCUGCAGCAGCAGCAGCAAGCAGCAAGAGAGAAACUUGAAAGAAAGAGACAGGACCUGCAGCAAAGAGAGGAAGCACUUAAGCAACAGCUGCAAGACGCAGCUAAACAGAAGCAGGAAGUGCAGCAGCUGAUCGAGAAGUUUCACUCUCAGCAGCAAGGGCUAGACGAAGCCGCAGCAGAGCUUGAUGCUUACCCGCAGCAGCUGCAUGCGCUGAGGCGGCGGCUGCUGCUGCAAAGGGAGAAGGCCCUGGACCCCAAGGCGCAGCAGCUAAUGCUCGAGGAGACACUGCAGCAGCUGCUCAACAAUAGGCAGCAGCAGCAGCAGCAGCAGCAGCAGCAGAAAGGAGAACCUUCGGCUUCGGCGUUGCCGCGUCCCGUAGGGCCUGAGGAUACGGAGCAGCAGCUGCAGCAGCAAAACCGGAAGCUGGCAGAACUGCGGCAGCAGCUAAGCAGCACUUCGCGGCAGCUGCGCAGCACCCGCGGGGCGCUGCAGGAAGCAGGGGACCGUUUGCUGCUGCUGCAGCGGCUGCAGCGGCAGGAGCAGCAGCAGCAGCAGCAGCACGAGCAGCAGCAGCAGCAGCAGCUGCUGCAGGACCUCACUCGCCUUGAGCUGGGCUACGAUGUGGGGACUGUCUCCAGAGGCCUGCAGCUGCUGAAGACCCACAAAUUCAAAAGCCAAGUCAAGGGACCUCUAGGCGCUAUUGUCAAGGUUCGAGACAGCAGCAUGCAAGCUGUUGCUGCUCACUUCUUGCGCAGCAAACUUCUCAGCUUUUUGUGUCUUGAUGCUUCGGAGGACUUCCGAGUUCUUUCUCGAGCAAACGUGAGGUGCUUUUGCCUCGACCCUGCUGCUGCUGCUGCUGCUCCAGAUGCAGCAGCAGCAGCAGCAGCAGCAGCGCGCAAACCCCACAUGACGCAGGCCCUGCAUGCAGCGGGGGUUUUGGGAUUUUUGGCGGAUUACCUCGAAGUCCCUGAGGGUUUUGAAAGUACUUUUAAUGAGUACACGAGGGCCCACUUGUGUCUGGUGUGCAGCAGCAGCCUGACGGAGCAGCAGGAGCAGCAAAUGCAGCAAACUGCAGCAGCAGAGCUGCAGCAGCAGCGCUUCAGCGCACAGGAAAUUGUCUACUAUUUGGGGCUGCAUGCACACCGCCUCAAAAGAAGCAGCUAUGCUGCUGCAGGUUUUGUGCACUCUGUGGUGGCGGUGCCCCGGUGGCCGCCGGUGCUGCUGCUCCUGCAGCAGCAGCAGCAGCAGCAGCCGCAGCAGCAGGUGCUGCAGCAGGAGCAGAAAAUCAAGAAACUCAGGGACUCCGAGCAGCAGCUCGAGGCGCAGCAAAGGGCCCUUGAGGAACAAGAAGCAGGAGAAAGAGACAAGAGGGAUCUGUUGCGGCAGCAGCAGCACGAGCAGCAGCAGCAGCGGGAAGAGGAGCUGCGGCUGCGCGAACGCAUUGCAGCGGCAGCAGCAGCAGCAGCAGCAGAGGAGCAGCGCUGCUCUGCCUUGGCAGCAGAACUUGCUGCAGCGCCCUCCAUAAGGAAGACACUCUGCAGCAGCAAACAGAAGCAGCUCGAGGCCAUGCAGCAGCAGCUGCUGCUGCUAAUAACAGCAGCGCAGCAGAUAAGCAGCAGCCAGCUGCUGCUGCAGCCCCUAAAGGCAGCAGCAGCAGAUAUCAAAAAAGCCAAAAAAAACAUUCAGAAGGACGAGCAAAAACUCCUAGAGCAACAAGCAAGACUGGAGGCUGAAGAGAAAACAGUGAAGGAGCUGCGGGAGAAAGUGCAGCAGCAGCGCGAGGUGUAUCUACAGCGCAAGGGGGAAGCAGACAACUGGAAAAGAGAGGCAGUUGGGGUGUACAGGGAGCUGCUGCAGGUGCUGCCAGCAGGUGCUGCUGCUGCUGCUGCUGCUGCUGCUGCUGGGGACGAGGAGCCGCUGACGCAGCGCUGCGCUGCGGCUGCAGCAGCAAACGAAGCAGCAGCCGAGUCUCAGCUGGCAGCAGACAUGGCCUUCCUCAGCAGCAGCAGCAGCAGCAGCAGCAGCAGCAGCGGGAGGGAAUGGCUGCUGCCUGAACUGUCUCCUUUUCCCAAAGGCCUCGUGGCGUUGGAGACAGAAAAAGAAAGAAUUAAAAUUUGUUUGUCUCGCGCGGGCUCUGUGGGGUCUUCUGCUGCUGCUGCUGAGCUGGCAGCAAAUGUUCGUGCUGCAGCAGAAGCAGAGGAGAAAGCCGCGCAGCUGCAAACCCUAAUCAAGGACACGCACUCCCAAAUGCAGCAGCAAGCCAACACGUGGCUGCCGCACGUGGAGGGCGUCGUGAGGGUUUUGUGUGAGAGGUUUAAAACCCUCAUGAAAACUGUCAGCCCCGAAGCAGAUGGCCGCAUUUGUCUCCUGGGCACAAACCCUAAACCCUUGUUCCCUGCUGCUGCUGCUGCUGCUGCUGCGGCUCCAGCGAGCCCCGCGGCGCCGCUGGGCGCCGCGUCUUCUGCAGCAGCGGGAGCGCCCGCAGCAGCAGCAGCAGCAGCAGCAGCACCCGCAGCUGCAGCAGCAGAAAGGGCUUGCUUUCCGGGGGAAUUGUCUGCACUUCCGGACUUCAACAAUCUGCAGCUGCUGCUGCAGAUCAGCUUCCGAGCAGCAGCACCGCUGCGGCGGCUCAGCAACACAAACUCGGGGGGAGAAAGAAGUCUUGCUGCAGUGCUUUAUUUGCUUUCUGUGCAGGCUUUUGCCCAAGGGUCUUUUAGGGUUUUGGAUGAAAUUAAUCAGGGCCUCGACUCCGAGCGCGAGGCCCUUUUGUUUCGCCUGCUGUCCGAAGCAGCCCACGGCAUGCAUGCGCAGCAGCAGCAGCAGGCGGGCGAAGCGGAAAGCAGCAGCAGCAGCAGCAGCGGCAGCAGCAGCGGCAAGAAGAGGCGGCUGAGUCUCACGCAAGGCCCCUCAAAGCGCCGCCCGCAGGGCCCCGCAGAAGCGCCCGACCCCCAGCAGCAGCAGCCGCAGCAGCAGCAGCAGCAGCAGCAGGAGCAGGAGCAGCAGCAGGAGGGGGUGCAGUAUUUGCUGCUGACGCCGCAUUUAAUUCCCACAGUGGAUUUGUCUUUUAUUUCUUUGCAAUUCAUUUUCAAUGGGCCGGGGAAAUUCGAACAAAAACACUUUUCAAUUGAAGACCAAAUCCGCAGACUCAAAAGCCGACGCAAACCCUAA